UCGGCUCGGCUGUACUUGUUUUGAUGACGUCAGUUUGAGUUUCGUCGGCGAACUUCCUGGCACUGGCAAAGCUCACACAGCAGUAACUUGCCAUUUUUUGAAGAAUAAGACAGGAACUUUCUGAACAUUUUGAACGAACCUCCAUUUAAGCGUUAUCGAAAAGACAAUUGUCUAUACAUUGGAUUUCAGACUCAGUGGCUUUUGAUGAGCUAAUCAAUGAAAAUGAGUCUGAGGUUAGAACCCCUACAUCCUGGCCCGAGUGCUGUCAACUCAGAUGUGGAACGGGCUGCUGUUGCUAGGUCUAAGUCAAGCAAUAAAUGCUGUCGCUGCUGCGGACUCACCAGGUUUCUAAGAUUGGACAAGUCAUGGUUUAUCAAGGACCCUUGUGGUAUCAUCUGUGCUGUGAUGACCUAUCUAUUGAUUGGUUAUGGUCAGUUUGCUGUCAACGUGGUGCUGCUAUUGCCAUCAGGUAUCCAACCCUAUACAGUCAUCCAUGGAUUCAUCUUCAAUUUGUUUGCAAUCUUUGCUGCAGUCUCUCACGCCAGAUCUAUGCUCACAGACCCAGGUGCAGUUCCGCUGGGCAAUGCAACAAAAGAGCAUCUUAGCACACUAGGGUUAAAGGUCGGUCAGGUCGUCUACAGGUGUCCAAAAUGUAUCAGUAUCAAGCCUGAGAGGGCGCACCAUUGUAGCAUAUGUCAGAGAUGUAUCAAGAAAAUGGAUCACCAUUGUCCUUGGGUGAAUAACUGCGUCGGAGAAUCAAAUCAGAAAUAUUUUGUCUUAUUUACGAUGUAUAUAGCCUUGAUGUCUGGUCAUGCUCUUGUCCUGGUCAUCUCACAUUUUAUGAGCUGUGUCAAUACUUCAUGGACAAGUGAAUGCAGCUAUUACUCGCCACCAGCCACGGUUAUAUUUAUGUUAGCACUGACUGUAGAAGCCAUGCUAUUUGUACUCUUCACAGCGAUCAUGUUUGGCACACAGGUUCAUGCUAUCUGUACAGAUGAAACGGGUAUUGAGCAGCUGAAGAAACAGAAGGCCACGUGGCAGAAGAAGACACGAUGCCUGGCAUUCCGGAUGGUCUGUGGCAGUAAGCUGUCAUUAGGUUGGCUCAACCCUUUCGUCACACCCAACCAUAAUGUAGGCAAGGAACUCACCUACUUGUACCAUGUAUAGCCUCCGCCGAUGAUGUCAUCGCAGUCAUCGCUUUCUCUCAGGGUGCGUGCUUCAGUGGGAUAGACCCAUUGCCAUUAUGUUGUGAAUUGCAGCCUUGCCCAGCUGAUCAUUGUGAAGGAUGUCCAAGGAUACCCUGAUAUGGCGACAUUUUUCUCCUACACCGAUUGAAGUGCCUGUGGUUGUCAUGGAUAAUGAAUGAAUGAAUGACCUACGACAUUGAACUUUGACCUCGGUUGGCCCUGUAAUGGUUGCUUUGAGAAUAUUUGGUAGUGUUUAAAUUAUUUGUAAGUUACACUCAUCUUUGCGCAUGACUGGUGACCAUUUCCUCUUAUUUCCAUCCGCUAAAUUUGAAAUCUGGUCCCCGUCUUACAAAGAGUUAUGAUUGAUCCUAUCAAUCUCAACAAUGGAAAUCCAUGGAUGUCAUAAUCUUUCAUACAUGAAAUGUGCACAGUGUUCUUUUGUAAACAAGGAAGAACACUGUGUAUUGUCAAGGCAAUGAUGUAUGCAUGUGUAUACAUCAUAUUGAGAAAGCCUUGUGGACAAUUACAGGCAUUUUAGAUGUUGGGAUUGCUAGCUUUCCAUAGUUGCGGUUGAUAGGAGCAAUCGCAACCCUCUGUAGGACGGGGUCCUGUCUUAAAAAGAGUUACAAUUGAUCAGAUCAUUCUCAAAUAUAUGGAAAUCCAACAAUGUCAUAAUUUUUUUUUUCCCGAAAAUUUUGUUGAUGUCCUUUGAAAACAAAAAGAAGCAUACUGAAAUGUCAAGAAAACAGAUAAUGUGUAGAUGUACAUCAUUUCUAGUAAUUAUUUUGAACAAACACGUUUUUUUAUGUUGAUGUUGCUGGCUUUCCAUAGUUACGACAGAUCAGAUCAAUCGCAACUCUUUGUAAGGGGAGCCCCAGGUCUUUCGGAACUAAAUUUGUAAUCCAGCAUUUGUAUGAACAAUUAAAAUAUAUUUUAAAAAAAUUUAUUAGGGUUACUGGAAAUGCACUCCCUUCAUUUUGAAACCAAGGAUUUUACAAAACCAAGGAUUUGUAAAAUCCUUUGUAAUUUACAAAGAGCUUUAUGAAACAACAUGUAGUUUCAUUAAGAUGAGAUGCACUGCCAUGUUUCAUGACAUUACAAGUGGCAAGUUAAAUGCGAAUGUUUCGAGCUAUUAAAAUGAUGUAGUUUGAUUGGUCAAGAGAAAAUUGUAAUAGAAUUCUAGCAUUUAUUAUUGAUAACAAGUUUUAUGGAACAAGGCUCAAGAUAUACUGUCUUCAAAUUGUAUCUUACGGUACUCCUGCAUCAUAAAUAUAUGGUCUACUAAUGGAAAUAAUAACAAUUUGCAGAUGAAUGCUAGUGGUUUGAACUCUCAAACAUGAUGCAAAUUUGUGUGCUUUGAUAUGUAGGAUGUGAGAGAAUCAUCAUAUUACAUGCCACCAUGCAAACCUUUAAACAACAUCAGAACUAAGUUAUAAGAGAAAUAUCAGUAUAGCACUCAGCAUCUUAUGGGAUGUAUUGGAAUUUGGCAAGUCAAUGUUGUAUUUGCCUGUGAAUAGGAAUAUGAGCAAUAAAAAAAAAACGGUUCUCUCCUCCUCCAGUAAAACAAAUCGGAGGCAUGAAAUUUGUAUGCGUGUCCUGAGACUGAAAUGCUAAAAUUUACUUAUAUUAUUAAUACCAAGGAGGGUUAUUUUAGUAAUACCUCGGGCUUAAACAUAAAAAUUAUGAUGGUAAUGACUUUGGUAACAUGGCUCGGUCACAAAUUGAAGUGGGGGAUUCAAUGGUAAUUGCAAUAAAUGUUAUAAAGUUAAAAGUUAUCAGGAGAGUCAGUUUUGUGCAAAGGGCCUCUUAUCUUUCCAUGUAGCAGUGAUGGCAGGGUUAUGUACAGUAUGUAUGUCAUGACUUAACAUUCCCUUCCCCUCUUUUGGGGGGAACGAUUCCUUGAUUGGGAUCAGCAUGGAGGGCAUAUUUGGAACUUUUUUAAUCUCUUAGCACAGAACUAAAUUAUUCAGGCCAACCACUUUAUUAGAAUAAUUCAUAAUAGCAAAGAAAGAUAAACUAACUAGUUUAAAAGUUAAGCCAUCCCCGACAAUACUCUACAAGAAGGAUGUAAUGGAAGAAGAAGAAAGUGGUUUGAAUAAGUAGAGAAAUAUUAAACAAGCAUAAUGCUAAAAAUAUUAUUAAAAUAGGAUGUGAGAAAUGAUAAUUUUUUUUUAUAUUUUAAAGUUAAAGUGAAACAUGUACCAUUUUGAUGAUACACAAAUGAAAGAUUUAAUACACUAUUUCCUUAGGAUUCGGCUGUUAUUACAGUUUUUAGUUUCAUGUAAAUUAGGCAACUCAUAUGACAUCCCUAGUUUGUGGAAUCUAUAUCCAUUUGCAACAAAUUUACCAGAAAUAAGGAUAUCAGAAGAUGGUAUUUUUCUAGCUUUUGUUGUGAAGAGAGUAAUUCAAGAUUAUCUAUUUGUCAUGUUUUAUGGAAGUUUUUUUUGUUAUGAACCAAACUUUGAGCUUUGAAACUUUGCAUUUUGGUAGAGGGGGAAAAAGCAUGUAGCAUUUUGUAUGUAUUUGAUUUUGAUUAGUGCUUCAUGCACAAACUCCUGGUCAUGCCCAUAACACAAAGCUUAGCAAUUGAUCAUAACGUUGAUUAGUAUAAUUGAUUGCACAUAAUAAUAAAUGUGAUCAUUCAUAAAAUCAGCCGUUCAAUCGAUCACUAAGUUUUGUGUUAUGUGGCCAUAUGUAAGUAUAUGACAAGCUUGAGGUGCAAUGGUGAUAUAGAAAUGUAAAAAAAAAUGACCAAACAUUUUAGAAUUUUAUAAGGAAAAACUUAUUUGAAAUAGACCUGAUGUCGUCUGUCAUUUCAGCUACAUGUACAUAUUUUGUACUAGAAAUUUGCAGAAAUGACAUUGAAAUAUAUAUGUAGGCUUUAUUAUUCAUAUUGAUAUUGAGAGUUAUAUGAACAUCUCCAUAGUGGGUGGAGAUACAAGAAGAGACUCAAUGUACAUGUCUCUAAUAAAACGUGAUUGAGAAUAUAUUUUUCUUUAUCAAAAUUAUGCAGUGGAAUAAUGUGCAUUAUUUGAUUACACGAACAAAUAAUGUGCCAACAAGAUUUUGGAAACUAAAUUUAUUUUGUGAAUAAUCCUUUUUGUGGGAAUAUAUAGAUAUGAAUAAUGAAAUAGUGGUAUUUUAUAUUUGAAUACAAACCACUGCGUAGGUGAUUAAUAGAUCUAUGCAGGAUUAUAAUGUGUUUCAUUUCAAAAUCUACUGAAUUAUUGGCUGAAGAAUGUAUUUUCUCUGAAUUUUGGUUUCAUAAUAAUAUUUUGGAUGGUGAUGGGUUUGAAGCAUUUGUCUGUGUAGUAAUUUUCACUUUUUUCCCUUUUUCUCUCCCCAUUUCGCAUGUAACAUUUGUUAUGAAUUUGUGGUACGUACAGACCCUGUAGCUAAUAAGCUAGUUUGGAGUUCCAUUAUGCGCAUGAUCAGAAGAUUCUACGCCUGAUCAGACAAAGGUCAUUUGUACUAAAGUGACAUGGUGGUUUAAUAUUUCAUGACAUAAGCACCAGCUUUGAUGUCUCAAUUAUUCAUAUAUUCUUUUGAAUUGUGUUUAUUUUUCCACAAAAAACAACAAUGUCAACUAUCCACUAGUAUUUGACAGCGAAAUACAUUAUUAUAAUCUGCUAAUGCAUUCAAAUUAGUGCAACAAAUAUCUUCAUUGGUGUGCUGUUCUAGUCACCUGGUCUGUGCAAUUUCUGCAUCCUGCUAUGUAAGGAAUACUUACAUGAUAUCUUGUUUUGAAAUCUUCCUAUCAUAAUGAAAGAAAUGAAAGUCAGUUGCCCAUGACGUAACUCCGAACUGGUCUAUUAUGAAAACAUGCAGCAGGUGACACAAAACUUGCAAGUCAGUUUUACAUUCCCAAUUCAACUUACCAAUGUGUCAUCUCAUCUAUUUGCAAGUACACAGCCUUUGAUACUGAAAACUAAAUACAGGCUAAAAAAUACACUCUUUCUUUAUUGUAAAUUCAUGUGAUUUCAUUUGUUUCUUUAUUAUAUUGAUUUAUAACAGAAUUCCCUUUAGGAACAGUAUUUCACUGAUGGGGCAAAAUAAAUUGUGUCUUGCAGAUAUUCUAACCAAUACCAAUCAAUGCUCAGAGUAGUUAUCAUGCAAUUGCACUGUCAGUUUUGAUUAGGAAUUUGGUUACUUGGACUGAAUUUGGUUUGACAAAACCCUUUAUUAUACUAUAGGUAUCACUUGAAUAGGAAAUUUAUGGAAGUGUAUUCCUUUUAUUAACAUAUUUUUUAUGCAUUUGUUCACCUUAAAGCAAUCACUCAACUUUGAUAUCUGAAGCCUUAGUAAAGCAUUGGCUUGUAUUUAUAGAUAAGAGCCAUUCAUCCCCAUGUGCUUUGGCUUGCAUGUUGAUUAUCUCAAGUUGGCGUAAUGAUAGAGUUGGCAUUGUACAGUAGAUAUCAGAUAGAGCUGUUGCAAACAAUUAAUGACAAUUGGCAUGGAAGACAUUAAUGCUGGAUAAAUUACCUUGUGAACACAUGUCUAAUGUUUUACGAUUGGCAACUAAAGAAUUUUGUUGUAUAAUGUACAGGUACUUUGACUCUGUAUAAAAAAAUAUAGGAAGAAUGGGGGGGGGGGGCUUAUACAGCAUUUAUGGAAAGGCUUUAACCAUGCGAAGAUGUGUUAUUAUUCUUGUUUUAUUAUGAUAUUAUUGUGAUAGGUUACCUAUCGCCGUCAGUCUUUCAUGCAAGAGGCAUAUAUAUAUAUCUGUAUAUUAAUGUGUAGAAUGAAUUGACUGUAUAACUAAAUUGGGAGAAACCCACAAUUUGCCUUAUCACAAAGUUGACUAUAUAGAACAAUUUAAAUAUCUGAGUGGUUUGAAAGAUGAAUUUAUAAUUGAUUAAAACAUAUUUAGAUAGUUUUAUUCUUCAUUUCAUUUUCAUCAUGUAAAGGUUCUUAACCCGUCUAAAGAAUUGAAAUUACAAUGAAACUGGAUAACUUCAGUUCACAUUCCACUUUAGUUUUUCUACUCUUGCAAAGCUAUAUCAUCAUAUUCUGGAAUCAAUCUAUUUAACUUUGAAUUGUUAUGUUCCCAUGAAAACUUUAUUAUUACAAUUGGUAAAUAUAGUUUUACAUGCAGACAUUUCAUUGUGAUAUCUAGCUUUAUGGUAUAUUUAUCAGUGUGAUUUAAAAAAAUGAGAAUAUAUUUGUUUGAAAAUGAAAAUAGCCAAAUGCUAAUAUUUUCAUAAUACUGACAGUAGAAAUCAUGCCUCAAAUUCGAGUAAUACAUUUGACCUAUUCAAGGUGUGAAAAUGUGGACUUUUGUCUCUAGGAUAGUACUACAAUUUGUAAAGGUUAUUCAGUGUAGCAUAAAAAAAUAGCUUUGUAAUGAAUUCACUACUUUGAAAUAUGUUUUUUUUCUAUUCAUACUUUUGUGUUCAAUAUUGAUGUUUAUUUGGCUACUGCCAAGAAAAUAUUUUCCUGUAGGAUUCUUGAAAUAUUUCAUUAUCAUUUAUUAGUAUAAAGAAUGAUAUAUUGAGUUUGUGACAUUUCAAUAGCUCUAAAGCCAUCCUAACAAUCUUUGAAAACUACUUUUUUUUUAAAAGAGAUAUCUAGAAGAAAAUUAAAGCAAAAAUUGGGACUCCAAAGAAUUGCUACUGCAAUAGAGAGUGAUUGGUAGAAAGUUGACAAUGAAUAGUAUGGAACUAAUGAAAUCUGAAGAAAUAUUUGUUAUCUAUUUAUUUUUGUCAAUGCUUUUAAACUCAACUUCUUGUGAAAUAGGCCUUGAAGAAAAAAAAAGUAUUUUGACAAAUUUAUAAUAUAUAUGAAUCUUUGUUCUAUUAGAAUUGACUGUCAACUUUCAGCUUUGUAAUUUUCUUAAACAAGGCAUUAGCAUAUUGUGUCUCGCCCACUUGUGAAAAUAACUAGAAAUAUUGCAAUCUCCUUCGUCACGCAACAGAAUUGUAUCGUAUCCUGGUAUAGAAUGUAAUAACAAAUAAAAUUUGGGCCAUUCUUGGUCAGGUGUGUGACUGAAAUUAUGGACAAAUCAUGACUUUAAUUAGUUAUAAAUCUAAAAAAAAUUAGGGAUUUAGUAAAUUAAAGGGUGUAUGACAUUAACAUCUGUAGUCAGCUAUCAUUUGGAAAUAUUUUUUACUGUCUCCAAUAUGCAGAUUUCUAAUUAACUAAAAGUCAAGAUUUGUCAUUAUUUCGGUCACACACGUGACCAAGAAUGGCCAAUUUGAAAUGGGCUAUUUCAUGAAAUGCCUUUCCCUUUCACCUUCCCCUGGGAUAUGAAUAACAUGUGUGAAGGUUUAUGUGAUUUCACGGUGACACCACAAGUGCUCCUGUGACAUAUGCUCCGGUCUUAUCUAGGACGGUAUAGGGUUAGAGCUAAGAUUGUAAUAGAGUUUUUGGUUCAGAAUAAUGUAAAGAAUAAGAUAAGGGUUUAUUUACUUUUGGAGGCGAGGUCUCCUGUUUUGCUUAACGUGCAGAUUUUACAUCAGAGCAAUUGUCGCCGAAGCGAAUGUCAUGUAACCAAUUUCACUUUUACAAUUUCACUUUUACAAUUUUACUUUUAGUGAAUCUCAGAAACCAUAUUUCAAAUUUCAUAUUCUAAGUAUUCACUCUAUAUGUCACACGAUUGAUUCCAGUAGUAGUAUACAGUAUGUCACAUUUUAUUUCAACACUAAA